AUGGAUGCAUUUGUUUCUCGCAAGCGACGCCGCAUCUCCUCGCAUAGCCCUACUCGAAAGGCUACACAUUCAAGGCCUCAGUGCUCCGACAGGAAUGACGCAGACGACGACAGUACUGACUUCAAAUUGGCCGUCCUGGCCUCUCUGCACCCGGAGCUGAGCGAAGAGCUUCUGCUUGAUGCGCUUCUUUCUUGUGAUGGCUCGACUGAGAUGGCAUCUGAAGCAAUCUCCCAAAGCAAUGAAAAUAAAAGGAAGAAUUCACGAACAUCACUUUCCAAAAGUGGGGUUGUUGGGUACCAGUCAUCCCUCGCAUCGUAUCGCGUAGGUGCGAAUGGCGGGGUGGGCAAGAAGCCUCUGACCAGACGAGGCAAAACAUUAUUUUUAUAUUCUCCCGAUGACAUUGAAGCAAACACCCCUUGUUCGAUCAUACAUCAUUUUCUGCCUCCAGCAGAGGCAAAUGCUCUACUCCUCGAGCUACUUGAGGAUGCGCCUACAUACUCCAACAUUGAAUUUCAACUGUUUGAUCGCGUCGUCAAAAGUCCACAUACAUUCUGUUUCUAUGUGAACAGUCUUGCGGAAGCAGAGGCUCAAAAAACCGAAUACUUAUAUGAUGGCCGGAAAAUUGAUGAUGUACGGCAGAGCCUGCCCGAGAUGCUCAAAGUUUCAGACAAGGUGGAAGCAGCCGUCAAUAGCGAGAUCCAACGAAGGAUCCGUGACUUUUAUCCGAACGGUGAAAAGCUGAAAUACCAAUCUCCAGGACCUUGGAAGGCUAACACAGCUUUCGUGAAUUGCUAUGACGGCCCCAAUGAAAGUGUUGGAUAUCACUCUGACCAACUGACAUAUCUCGGACCGCGAGCUGUCAUAGGGAGCUUGAGUCUUGGGGUCGCACGAGAGUUCCGUAUCCGCAAGGUGGUUGCCGAAGACGACGCUCACCGCAAGGAGGACGGGACUCUUGCCGACGCUCAGGGGCAGAUUUCUAUACAUCUCCCGCAUAAUUCUCUUCUCGUGAUGCAUGCCGAGAUGCAAGAAGAAUGGAAGCAUUCCAUCGCACCGGCACAGGCAAUCGAUCCUCACCCAUUAGCUAAAAAUAAGCGGCUGAACAUAACCUACCGAUCAUACAAAGAUCAUUUGCAUCCGAGAUAUACACCAAAGUGCCGCUGCGGUGUGUCGACCGUCUUACGAUGCGUUACACGCAAGAAGGAAACGCGUGGUCGGUAUAUGUGGAUGUGCCACGUGAAUUACGUUCCAGGAGAGGAGGGCUGCGGGUUCUUCCAAUGGGCUGAAUUUGAUGCUGAUGGUAAUCCACCUUGGGUUACUAAACACGAUGCUGUACUCGACGAAAUAGCCAAAGCCAAAGACCAAUGA